GGCGGCGAUCACGACAGUGGUGACGAAGGUAGCAGGGGGAGUGGCGGUAUGAGAGACGAUCAUAGCUGCGGUGACGGUGGCGGCGGCGUCGGUGGUAGUAGUAGGAGUUGUUGUAGUAGCAGUGGUGGAGUCGGUUGUGACAGCGACGGCGGCGACGUCGGCUGGGGUGGCAGUUACGACGGUCGUACUAUUACUGGUGGUGUUGGCGACGGAGGUAGCUGCAAGGGUAAUAGUGGGAGUGACGGUCGUGACGGAGGAGGCGCUGCCGGCGGCGGAGUUAGUGGUAGUGGUAAUAGUUACAUCGACAACUGUGGUAGCAGCAACAACAAGGGCUGUAGUAGCAGCAGGAGUCGCCAUAGGAGUGGAAGUAUGAGUAUCGGCAACGAAAGAGGCAGAGGCAAUAACAAAAGCAGCAGUGGUUGCAGUAGUAGUAGUGGUAGUGGCAGUGGUUGCAGUAGUAGUAGUAGUAGUGGCAGUGGUAGCAGUGGUAGUGUGAUCGGUAGUAUGGCUUUCAGCAGUAGUAGGCCGACCACGGUACCUUUCGCUUCGUCUACCACGCUGAGCGCCGACAAAGCCACAUCGGCGACAGUCGGCACGUCGUUCUCUUUCUCUCCUCCUCCUCAUCCUCCUGCUUCGUCUUCUUCUUCUCCUCCUCCUCCUCCUACCCCGUCCUCGUCUCCUUUCUCGUCCCUACCGCCAUCCGCCACCACCACCACCACCUCCUCCACUAUCACAACCACGACCACCACGACGACGACCACAGCAGCAACAGCAGCAGCAGCAAGUGCUACUGCUGUCGCGGCUGCAAGUGCCUCAUCAGCAGCAUUUCCCGCGUUCUCCUCCUCCUCCUUCUCCACCCCGAACGCCACCACCACCACCACCAUCACCACCACAGCCUCCACCCUCUCGGCCGCCGCCAUCUCCUCUUCUUCUGUUUCCUCCUCCUCCCCGUCUCCCCUCUCGCUGUCCCAUUUUCACUCGCAUUCUUUCGGCUCGUCCGCCGCAAUCGCCGCCGCUGUCACUCCGGCUGCAACCAUGGUGACCAGCUACCCGGCCGUCACGCGACCGUCUUUCCUAAUAUCAGACAUAUUGUCCGGAAAUACUAGCGGUUCGUCGCUGAACAGCACCACCAACAACAACAACAACAGUAACAACAACACCGGAAACAACAACAACACCGGAAACAACAAUAACAACAACAACAACAACAGUACAAUCAGAACACCGAAAGCACACCACCACCACCAUCAUCACCAUCAUCAUCAUCACAACAGCCAUCAUCACACCAACAGCAACAACAACAAUAAUAACAACAGUAGUAGCAGUAGUAGUAUUAGUAACAUCAAUGACAGUAACAGCAAUAGUAGUCAUAGUAGUAGUAGUAGUAAUAGUAGUAGUCAUAGCAACAACAACAACAACACCAACAACAGUGACAGUGUCCCGAUUGGUAUAGACAAAUACACAAGUUUAGCUCAUCAUUUACAUCUUACGGCAACACAUCAACAUCCGGUUGAGUAUUCCUCGGUUGUUUUUGGAGGGGAACAACCUUCUCCGGAAAAUGUCCUGGUCAAGCAUGCGUUUGCGGCCAGGGACACGCUGGACACGAGCAAAGUGGUGGGGAAGUUGCUGCCCGUGGAUGAUACCGAUAUGACACACAUUGAGCACUUAGGGUCUUUCCAGAAAGAAGUGAAACGGGAAGAUGAAACAAUUUCUUCGAGUCAAGAUAUUCCAUCAAUGAAAAGCAAGAAACCAAGGAAGGCGAGAACGGCGUUUACCGACCAUCAGUUACACUGUUUGGAGAAAUCAUUUGAACGUCAAAAAUACCUCAGUGUCCAGGAUCGAAUGGAGCUGGCCGCAAAACUCAACCUCACUGAUACGCAAGUGAAAACUUGGUACCAAAACCGACGAACUAAAUGGAAACGGCAGACAGCCGUUGGAUUAGAAUUGCUCGCAGAGGCUGGUAAUUAUGCAGCAGUUCAGAGGAUGAUCCAAGCUAACCCUUACUGGUCAAUUCAUUAUCCGCAGGCUGCUAGCAUCAUCUCUAAUCUGGAUGCUUUAUACCUGAGAUACAGCGGAACAAACAGCAUCCAAGGUCAACGACCCAUGCUGCCUCGCACUUUAAUGACGACAGGCGGUCUACAAACAAAUUACGGGCAUUUUCCAUCACCUCAGGUUUUCUCUGAUCACCGGAGUUAAAUUAAGUUAAUGAGAAAAAGAAAAGACAAAAAACGAAAAGAAGAAACACAAAAAGACAGACAGCAUAUUGACGGACUAAUUAAUAAGCAAAGAGACGGAAUGAUGGCGAACAUAGCGAAAAACACUGAAAAUCACUGAAAAUCACUGAAAGACACUGAAAGAUUUUUUUUUUUCCAAAUAAAAAUCUUUGUAAAGCUUAUUACUUAAUCGUCUCGAUUCCGGUUUCAAUUCUACAUAAAGAUGCGAACGUCAAAGAAAAAAAAAAUUAUAUAUAAUAUAAAUACGAAAUCAAAAAACUGAGAAAUCAAACUAAAAUGCCUCAGACUUUCUCUAUAAUCAGAUUCAAACUAUAUUCGUAUGAAAUGGCAUGCGUAAAUACAAACGAUAACAUUAAAGACCAAAAUAGUAGACAAAGAGCAAAGGACAAAAAAAGAAAUGGAAACUGUAUGUUUUGAAUCAGUAAAUCAAUAAAAGAACGGCAAGAGAGAAAACGAUGAUGCAUCAUCAAGAAUUUAUAAUAAUGACUUGGUAACCAAACUUGGACAUUUCCUACACGUGCACUAAAAGAUAUUUGUGCAUGUGUGCAUGCAUGCAUGCAAACCCAUACAUGCAUGCAUGCUUGCAAUCGUAUAUGUAUAUAGCAUAUUAUAGCAAACAUGCCUACAUAGAUACAUACCUGUAU